AUGGCUCUUGUGUUAAGAUUUGUUGAUAAAGAUGGUUUAAUACAAGAGCGAUUUUUUGAUAUGAGAUGUGUUACUAGCACUACAUCUUUAAGUCUUAAGGAAGCGGUGUGUGAUAUACUUUCUCGACAUAACCUUGAUGUUUCUAACCUUCAUGGUCAAGGGUAUAAUGGUGCAAGCAAUAUGAGAGGAGAAUGGAACGGUUUACAAGCAUUGUUUAUGAAGGAUCGUCCUUAUGCAUACUACAUCCAUUGUUUUGCUCACAUAUUACAACUUGCCUUGGUUACUGCAUCAAGAGAAGUCAAACCAAUUCACAAAUUCUUUGAGAAACUGACUUUUAUUGUCAAUGCUGUUUGUUCUUCUCCUAAGCGACAUGAUGAGUUACAAGCUACCCAACUAAAAGAAAAUGAAUAUUUGUUGGAAAUUGAAGAGAUUGUACCUGGUAAAGGUGCAAACCAAAUUGGUAUUGUGAAACGGCCAACAGAUACUCGAUGGGGAUCACAUUUCAAAAUUAUGGGGAUAACAGAUGUGCUUUGUCAAGCCUUGCAACUACAAGCUCAAGAUGUAGUUAAUGCUAUGUUUCUGGUUCAUAACACAAAAACUCUUAUUCAACAAUUGAGAGAAGAUGGUUGGGAUAAAUUACUUGCUAAUGUGAGAUAUUUUUGUGUAAGACAUGCUAUUGAGAUUCCUGAUCUCGAUGAUUUGCAUUCAACAACAAGAUUUGGACGCUCUCGUCUCGAAGAGAACCAGGUAACAAUAGAGCAUUAUUUUAGAGUUGAAAUAUUUUUUACUACCAUUGAUAAACAAUUACAAGAGUUGAAUAGUAGAUUUAGUGAGGAGGCAAUGGAUUUGUUAACUCUAAGUUGUGCUUUGACUCCUAAGGAUAGUUAUAAAGCUUUUGAUGUUGAUACUAUUUGCACUCGUUGA